UGUAUUAUGGUACUAACAUUAUUGGUAACUAUUAGAUUCGGCAUAUUUGGGGAUAUUUGUUACAAAAAUGGAUUGAUAAGAGUUUUUUAGCAUGUGAUUUCUACUUAAUGUCUGAAUUGUUGGUCCUCAUGCACCCUUGCAGAACAAUAUACCUGUUUUCUGCCCUAGCUUAACAGAUGGUUCACUGGGUGACAUGUUUGUACUUCUACUCUUUCAAGAAUCCUGGUUUAGUAGUUGACAUUGUCCAAGAUAUUAGGGCAAUGAACAGUGAGGCUGUCCAUGCCGGCCCAAGGAAAACUGGGAUGAUAAUACUUGGAGGAGGGCUCCCCAAGCAUCACAUAUGCAAUGCAAAUAUGAUGCGAAAUGGUGCAGAUUAUGCGUGUUUAUUAACACUGCACAGGAGUUUGACGGGAGUGAUUCAGGUGCUCGUCCAGAUGAAGCUGUGUCCUGGGGCAAAAUUCGAGGUUCUGCCAAGACAGUUAAGGUUCACUGUGAUGCAACCAUUGCUUUCCCUCUACUCGUCGCUGAAACGUUUUGCGCAGAGAAAGGGAUUUGCUGAAACAAGCUAGGGCCGUAUCCCCUAAUCCUGCCACAUAGAUCAAGAUAUGAUUUGACAGUGACUUGAUUAUAAAUUUUCUAUAUCCUGUUUGAUAUUUUUUCUUUUCCUGUGAUUUUGCUUGGGCUAUUGAAUAACAAUGUUACUGGUGAUUUUUCACGAGAUUGUCACUUUAUAUUAUAACUAGUUUU